AUCGUCUUCUCAAUAACUGAUUCAGAUGAGUCUAUCAGGGAAGUUUGAGAAAUGCUCCUCAGGCCUAAACACAAGUCUGUCUCUUGAAGCCAGUACCAGACUGAACCCCUGCUUUCUGCCAUAAAUCAGACUAGGGUGGGUCUUAAAGGCAACUGCAGGCUAAGCCUCACACUCUGGACCCAAACCAACCGUAACCUCAGGUGCACUAGAAGAGCUAGGGUCAGUGUGGAACCUUCUGGGCAGGUCUGCUGUGUUGGAGAAGUAGUUAAGAGCAGUGUCCCAGUCCACAGCUUCGGCUCUGGCAAAGAAGAGCUGUUGCAUGUUUUCUGAGUGGGCCGUCACACACUGACACUAAUGGGAUCUCCAGGGAAGUGAGUAUAAAGAGAAUCAGAGCACAGAGAGGCUGGAGUUCAGAAUUGCAAGUAUUUAAUCUUCUGUUUGCUACCAUCAUGACUCCAGUGCCCUUCCUUGUAAGUCCUUUCUCUCCUCUGAGUUAUGACUUAAUGCUGUUUCUUCUUUUCCCUGAUGUAGACCUUGGACCUGGCAUGCAGAAGCCUCAGCUCUUGGUUCCUGUCAUGGCCACUCCAAAUGGAACUCUGGUCCAUCCAGCAUACUUCCUGCUGGUGGGAAUCCCUGGCCUGGGGCCUGACAUACACUUUUGGCUGGCUUUCCCCCUGUGCUUUAUGUAUGCCAUGGCCACCCUGGGAAACCUGGCCAUUGUCCUCAUCAUCCGUGUGGAAAGGAAUCUGCAUGAGCCCAUGUACCUCUUCCUGGCCAUGCUUUCCACUAUUGACCUAGUCCUGUCUUCUGUCACCAUGCCCAAGAUGGCCAGCCUCUUCCUGACAGGCAUCCAGGAGAUAGGAUUCAAUGUUUGUCUGGCCCAGAUGUUCCUUAUCCAUGCUCUGUCAGCCAUGGAGUCAGCUGUCCUGCUGGCUAUGGCUUUUGACCGCUUUGUGGCCAUCUGUCAUCCACUGCGGCAUGCUUCUAUGCUCACAGGGCCUACUGUGGCCAAGAUUGGACUAGCUGCCCUGACCAGGGGAUUUGUUUUCUUCUUCCCUCUGCCCUUCAUCCUGAAGCGGUUGUCAUACUGCCAAACACAUAUGGUCACACACUCCUUCUGUCUGCACCAAGAUAUUAUGAAGUUGUCCUGUUCUGACACCAGGGUCAAUGUAGUAUAUGGACUCUUCAUUAUCCUCUCAGUCAUGGGUGUGGACUCCCUCUUCAUUGGCUUCUCCUACAUUCUUAUCCUGAAGACUGUGUUGGAGCUGGCUUCUCAGGGGGCAGCACUCAAGGCUUUCAAUACCUGCAUCUCCCAUCUCUGUGCUGUCCUGGUCUUCUAUGUGCCCCUCAUUGGGCUCUCAGUGGUGCACAGGCUGGGGGGCCCUACCUCCCUGCUCCAUGUGAUUAUGGCUAAUAUCUAUUUGCUACUACCACCUGUGGUCAACCCUGUUGUCUAUGGAGCCAAAACCAAGGAGAUCCGUUCACGGGUCCUCCAUAUGUUCUCACAGGGUGGCAGGUGAGCAGAAUAACCUCCUUAGGGCCUUCAAUCCCUGCCAAAUCUGGGAGGAUUAGGAUCUUGUUGAAUGUCUCCGUGAUUGGAGCAUCCAACCCAUCGGGCUGUCAGCUUCUAGAUAUCUAACUAGAUCUUGGAUUCCUGUUUCCAGGAAAUGUGUUGAUUCAGAAGUGUGGUUCUGAGGAAGUUUUGUUCAGGCCGAAGAAGCAUCCCCAAGCAAAGGGUGCUCCUUGGAAGACUCUGACAUUGGCAGGAAUGAGUCAGUACUAAGUCAUUUGUUGGGGGUAGCCUGGACAAGUGUGACCUUUCUGCUGACAUGGUGGUAGAGCCAGAGAGGCAGCAGCUGGCACUGUUAAUCAGCUGUGCCCCCAGCAGCAGGCUUUUGUGAAGGAGAUUUGAACGUCACACCUCCAUGGCUGCCAUAGCAUCUGACCUUGGACAUUUCAACCAUGUAAGACCUGUGGUACAGGAACUUAGGUGUUUUCUGCCUCCAGCCCUCAGCUGUAUUUAGUUUAAUGUUUAAUAGUUUAGCGAUGUGUAAUUGAUAUACAAUAAAUGGCACACAUUUAAAGUAUACGG